AUGGGCCAGGCAGCUAGGAUCUGGGUGCGGGCAAGAUGGUGGCAAGGCGUCACCCCCACCUGCCACAUUGCUACACAUUGUGCCCCAGAUGGAAUCACGCAAGCCACGAUCUUUCUCCUCGCGAUGUCACUUGUCGUGCACGUCGUCGGCGACACCAACCUCGGCAUGUUUACAGCAGUGCGUUGA